AUGCCUAUGUUUCAGCCUCAGCCUGCAAAAAAAGAUGGGUUUUUAGGGAUUGAGGUUUUAGGAGAUGGGCUUGUGUUAGAUCUUGACACAGAGGCUAAAAAUGGAGUCUUGGAUGAAUUUGGUCAGAAAUUGAGUCUGAAGAAAAUGAUUGAGGAGCUAAAUUUACCCGAAGUCCCUUCAGUUUUCAUCUGCCCAAUUUCUCUUGAACCCAUGCAAGAGCCCGUUACUCUCUGCACCGGCCAAACCUACGAGAAAUCGAACAUCCUCAAAUGGUUCAGCUUAGGUCACUUCACUUGUCCAACCACAAUGCAAGAGCUCUGGGAUUACACCUUAACCCCAAACACUACCCUUAACCAUUUAAUCCUCACUUGGUUCUCCCAAAAGUACAUUCAGGUGAAGAAGAGGUCCCAAGAUGCUCAAGGAAGAGCAAUCGAGCUCUUGAACGCCCUCAAAAAGGUCAAGGGCCAAUCGAGAAUCCAAACCCUUAAGGAGUUGAAACGAGUCGUGGCGAAUCACACGACCUCCCGAAAGACAGUUGUCGAUGAAGGUGGAGUGACAGUUCUUUUAUCUUUACUCGGGCCUUUCACUUCGUAUGCGGUCGGCUCUGAACUCAUCGGGAUUCUCGUGAAUUUGAGCUUAAGUCCCGAAUCGAAGACGAACUUGAUGCAACCCGCGAAGAUAUCGACAGUCGUGGAUAUUCUGAACGAGGGCUCGUUCGAAACUAAGGUCAAUUGUGUACGCUUAAUCAAGACUUUGAUGGAGGAGGAGAAGGCUUUUCGAAAAGACUUCGUCUCGAGCCAUAGGCUUUUGCUUGCUUUAAUGCGGCUAGUGAGGGAUAAAAGAAGCCCGGACGGUCUUUUUCCCGGGCUCGGGCUUUUGAAGCUAAUUAGCAUGCACGAGCAUGUAAGGGGUUUGAUCGUGAGCAUUGGGGCAGUACCCCAAUUAGUCGAAUUAAUACCUUUCUUGAAUAAUAAUAAUUGUAACAAUAAUGCAGAGUGCAUAGAGAUGGUGCUUUUUGUAUUGGAUGUUUUGUGUUCUGUAUCUGAAGGGAGACAAGCUUUGAAGGAUUGUCCCAAUACGAUUCCGAAUUUGGUGAAUUUGUUGGUGAGAAUUUCUGAAAAGUGUACUGAGUACACACUCUCGAUUUUAUGGUCCGUUUGCAGAUUGUGUCCAGAGGAAUGCUCGUCGAGGGCUGUUGAGGCUGGCUUAGCAGCAAAGCUUCUCCUUGUGAUACAGAGUGGCUGCAAGCCUGCGCUCAAGCAACGAGCCUCCGAGCUUUUGAAGCUCUGCAGUUUGAAUUAUUCGGAUACGAUCUUCAUUUCAAAGUGUAAAUUAACAAGGACAAUUCAGUGA